ACCACUAGAGGUCUUGUUCUUCCCUCCACCAGCUGCUCCUCGCUUCGUGCUGCUGGGGCUUUAUUUAUUUAUUCCUACGUGAGCAGACCCAGCACACUUCUUGCAUACAAAGAGUGAAAUUACAACCUAAAGGACCUAUCGUACCUUCUUUUGGAGUAACCUUAGUGCUAGUGAGAGCCUUGCCUACUUUUUAAGGCUAAGAAGACUCAUUUUCUGCAGGUAAACCAAAAGCUUUCAGAAUCAUUGAGUCAUCACAGCUGUUCCUUGUCAUGAGCUAAAGAGCAACAUGAAAACAAGUAUGGAAGAUGCUCAGUGACGCCACAAAGAACCACGGUAGCUUGAAGCCACUGUUCCUCAGAAAACCCCAUUAAACUUUGAGAACUGUGGCACAUGUAGAGGGAGCUGCUAUUCUGCUUUUUGUGGUUAUUCAGCCUGGACCUCUGUCCUGUCCACAGAACUGAGGCACCCUUUGGAUAUGAUUUGCCUUGUGUUGGAUAUGAUCUGCCAGUGUGUAGCACUGCAAGAACAACAGUAACAACUACACAUCAAUAACUUUCCUCACGGAAUCCCACUGGAUGCUCUGUUCUGCCCUGGUCAUAAGUGGUGACGUUUUCCUUACCUGUUUGGGAAGAUUAGUUUCAAUUGGACAAUAAAAAGAUGGCUAAGGAAGAAAAACUAUCUCUAAAGAAAGCAAUUCAGUUUGGUAUUAAUGGAUAUAUUCCAUCAGCGCAACUAUGCAUCAAAAAUGAAAAUUUCCCCCGAAGUUAUUAUGCUUCUUUUGACUACAUGCAAAUAAAACACAUGUGAGUGAAUAAAGCUGGAUCCCUAAUGGAGAGCUGCUGUCAAAAGAGCACCAGGAAAGCCAUAGACUCAACCUUACCCUUAAAUUAGUUAACUGAAACAGCCUGUUGCAAUUUUGUAAUACAGUGACCAUGUUAGCUGCAGGUAAAAAUUCCUGCACUCCCGAGCUACAAGAAAUCUUUCCUUAAAUUUUAUAUUUAAUUUACCUUAGUUUUUAGUCUAAUCUGCAAUUAAAUUUGGAAGAGGAUCCCUAAAGAGAACAUGCCCUUUGAAAAUAUACAUAAUAACCAGGAGAAUGAUCAACUCCAGGAGUAAGGCGUUAAUUUGCAUUUUAGGAACAAUAUUAAUAUACAGGUCAAAUGUCAAAUGAAAUGGGUCGCAGAGAAACACGUUACUUACAAACUUUAAACUGUGACUCAAUGGCCCAGCAAAACAUGAAAAUGCGCCCAGUGCUGCUGAAAAGGAACAGUCUGGACUCGGCAGAUUUUAUGAGACACCCCCAGCACCGCAGGAGCAAAUCCCAGCAAGUUCGGUUCAAGGAUGACGGUGUCAGCACCAAGGCACAGCUGGAAGCUCAUCCUGCCCAAGACACAGCAUUCUCAACUGGAAAACCAGAAAUAUUUAGGGAUCACAAUUUUUUGCUAGCUCAGUCUCCAACUUUUCCAAGGGCUCAGAAGGGGCUUCGGAAUAUUGCCAUACAAACUUCUCCCAGCCUCAGGAAACACUUCCCGGUCUUUAAAAGGAAAAAGCUGACGGUAAGCAAGUCGCUGACAGAAAUGCCAGCGGAGCCUGCAAACCCUAUCCAGGUAAAUGGCAAUCUUUGUGAAGCAGACAUUCUGUCCUCAGAGCUCUGCUACCUGAGGAUAAGUAAUCACUUGGAGGAUGGAUGCAGGAAUAGCGAGGUGGGCUUGGCUCAAAGGUCAUCAAAAGCACAAAGCAAUGGACCGAGGUACUCGGAUGAUUUCUCAGCCUCAGACAAGACAACUGCGUCUACACAGGUGCCUGAAUACAUUCAUGUGAGUUUUCCACAGGACAGAAACGUUCCCCUGGAUGCACCAGCCACGACCACAGUUUCGAGUCAUUCACUACACUCUUCUACCGUCAUCAACAGCAGUGAAAGUCAUGAAAACAGCACACUGUCAUCUGAUUCUGAAAGAGCAGAGCCCUGCCUAAGCAAUUCUGUGAGCUGCAGUGAAUGGAACCCCCACUCUGCUGCUCGUGAAACGGAGAAAAGCGACCCUGAGCCGCCUGUAGCCAGUAGAGAUGCCAGCAGUAAGGAAAGCACUCCCCUGUCACCCCCAUCAAAUCACAGCUCAUCUCCUUGUUUCCUCAGAGACUGUCACCAGGCAGGAGAGCACAAGCCAGAUUCCAGCUGCGUGACGUUACCAAGUGACGAUCACCCAACAGUGGCACUGGCCAGCAGUAACGCACCAAAACCACGGCUGCCAUGUAACGCUGAAAUGGAGAAAAAUUCCACCCAGUCGGAUGUUUCCCAGUCCAACAGCUGUUUAGAAGGAUUUCACAUAAAGUCUUAUCCGCCAAGGAAUGAAAUAAACCCGCAAAGCAACAAAGAGAUUAACGAAAUAAAUCAAAUUCACUUGGCACAUGGCGAACUCUGUGCCCUACAAGGCAGGCUGCAGUCUGUAGAAGAAUCCUUGCAGUCGAACCAGGAGAAGAUUAAAGUCCUUUUGAAUGUAAUCCAAGACCUGGAAAAAUCCAGAGCCCUCAGUGAAGGGCGAAACUUCUACCACACUGGGCAGGACCUCAACAACUGCAGCACCUGUCAGAACACGGCGUGCAUCAUUUACAGUGUAGAAUAUGACUUCAGACAACAAGAAGGAAGAUUUCAUCAGAUUUUGAAAACACUGGACAAUGCAGAGCAAAAUCCAGCUCCAGCUUCACCUCAGAAGCCUCCACCUGAUCCUCCAGCUCCCGAGAAAAAGGAGUUAAGGAGAAAAACAAAAAAGGUGAAAAGAAAAUGCUUCUGGUGGAUUUGACUUCCUCAUGCAUCCUUUUACAUUUCAAAAGACACUGAAACAGAAAGAGCCUGAGAGCACACACCUGAAAAUGUGCUAUUAUGAAAUCAAAAAGGUUAAGAAUGUUUAAUUAGUGUACCUGAAAAAUCAAAAUAAUUGAAUUUAAUUAAAUCAGCUCACUGAAUAAAGGUGCAUGAAGAUACAA